CUAAUGCUGCGUUGCCUUCAAAGUUUCAAGGGAACUGCUACCCUUCAGUUGUCCAAUAAGUGUCAGCUGAAGGAAAAGCGAAGAGAGGACGUUCGUGUUUAACCUUAUCUCUUUUACUUUCGCUAAGAUGGAAGAAAUAUAAACAUGAGGACGUGAAAUGUAUGCUAACAGUUCGCUAACCAGCUUGGGCAGUUAGAAUGGUCAAGCUUUGCCGAGAAAAGGGCGGAAAAUUACCUUUGUUGCCUGGCGCGAGGAACCAGUGUGAAAGAAGAAUAGAUUUACAUUGCGCGUUCUAGUUCAACGUAUUUCUGGAAUCGCUCAGCCUGGAGAGGCUCUCGUCAAGUCAUGUCUUUUGAAUUUCGAAUAUUGAUGUAUGGAAUCGGGACUGUCCUUGUUAUUUUUGUCAUUAUAUCCGAAAUAUCCGAAGUAGAAGAAGAAAUCGCGAACAUUGAGGAUUCACAGAAAUAUCCCUUUAAAAGCUUUGUCCUUCAGUCCAACAGAAAUUCGGUCCUGAAUGCUAUUCCUACAUCCCUUGUCAGCUACAGCAAAGGCAUUGUCUCUUCCUCUCCAGCCACACUGCCACGAAUAAAAAGCAAAACCAGCAAUUUGUCCUCACCUGAAUGGACUUUUAACAGAACCUUAUCUAACCUCAUCAGGAAAAACAUUUUGAGGUUCCUGGAUGCUGAGAGGGACAUCUCAAUUCUUAAGAGCACCUUUAAACCCGGUGAUGUCAUUCAUUAUAUUUUUGACCGCCAGAGCACCACAAAUAUCUCUGAGAACCUCUACCACCUCCUGCCGACAGUGUCCCCCAUGAAGAACCAGCAUCAUAAACAAUGUGCCAUCGUAGGGAAUUCUGGAAUAUUACUUAAUAGCAGCUGUGGUCGAGAGAUUGAUGCGCAUGACUUUGUCAUCAGGUGUAACCUGGCUCCAGUGGAAGAGUAUGCUGCUGAUGUGGGCUUGCGCACCAGUCUGGUGACCAUGAACCCUUCUGUGGUGCAGCGUGCCUUUCAAGACUUGAACAGUGAGGAGUGGAUACAGCGCUUCGUCCACAGGCUGCAGAGCCUCAGUGGAAGUGUGCUGUGGAUCCCUGCCUUCAUGGCCAAAGGAGGAGAGGAGAGAGUGGAGUGGGCCAUCCGCCUCAUUCUUUUACAUACUGUCAAUGUCCGCACUGCCUUCCCCUCCCUGCGCCUGCUCCAUGCCGUCCGAGGGUACUGGCUGACCAAUCACGUCCAGAUCAAGAGACCUACCACUGGACUCCUGAUGUAUACCAUGGCCACACGCUUUUGUGAUGAGAUCCACCUAUAUGGCUUCUGGCCUUUUGCGAAUGAUCCUAAUGGCAAACCAGUCAAAUAUCACUAUUACGACAAGCUAACUUACCAAUACACAUCUAGUGCCAGUCCCCACACAAUGCCUCUGGAAUAUCAGACUUUAAGUGCUCUUCACAGACAGGGGGCACUGCGACUGCACACAGGACCAUGUAAACCUCCAACAUGAGCUGUGCUUUAACAGCCUCUGAUGAUUCUCAUUUGAAGUGGUUAGCUGUGCCAUACACUGGAAAAAUAAAACUGUGGAAGAUAGAUUUUACAAAUAGCGACAGAUGCUGUAAAGAAUUUAGCUAGCCUGAAUAUGUCAGGGGAACAUCUGACUUAUGACCAAAUGUGAGAAUGCAAUACAUGGACGUGUGUGUGUGUGUGUGUGUGUGUGUGUGUGUGUGUGUGUGUGUGUGUGUGUGUGUGUCCAUCAAAAGGAAAGCAAUUUUUGGUACCCAAGGAAGGUUAUUUAAAUAUUUUCUUGUUCAUCACUUAUUAGUUACAUCCCAUAACAAAUAUCUUAAAUCAAAAACAAACAAAAAAAUAUUGUUAUUUUAAGUGGGUACUUUGAAUGUCUUUAAAAUGUUCAGCCUAUAAAGAUAGCCUUAGCCUUUUGGGACUGUUUUGAGUUAAGAAUGCCUUUUGUUUUCUUUGUUGCCUUUCUAGUUGCCUUUUUAUGUGUUUGUUUGUUAUACCCAUAGACAGCAUGACUGCAUUGACAGUCACACAAUGCUGUGCUUGUAGUACAAGGUACAAUUUAGACCUAUAUUUUAGCAAUAACAAAACAUUUAAAUUGUUGAAAAAUGCGUUUCACACAUUUGUUUUUACAAUAAUUUAGUGCCUGAAGUCAGGGCCACAAAGGUCCUCUAUGGUUUAGCUUACUCAUUGUUACCCAUAGAAAUUUUGUCCCCGGCCCUGUGAAUUUAAGGGACAGCCCUGCCUGAAGUAGGGAAAUUUUUUUUUGCUAAUGACACUUGAUAAAGUUGCCUUAGAAAGAUAUAGUGAGUAGCGUCGUGACCAUUAGCAGGUGUCAAAUUUACUCUGUUCCUACAGAAGAAGUUGUCUUAUGUUCUAAAGCUCUGAAAUGUUAUUGUUCAGUAAUACUUGUGUUAGGGCAAUAUGUACUACAACCCUCUAAACAUUUUUGGUGUUUGGUGCUGGGUUUUAAGAUGUUUGUACAGUAAAGGCAGCUAUCACAGUGAAUGGAGCCGCAAAGUAAAUGCUAAUAACUAUUUGGAAGACAAAUUCAGAACACUCCCAGCUGUUCACACACUCGUGUGUACUCAAGGAUGGUCAACUGGAAACAGCGUUUGGGUACGUUGACUAUGUAAACUUAAAAAUGUGUUGAAGCCACACAGUAUCUUUUUUAGAUAACAAAAAGUGGCUUUUUGGGUGGGGGCAGGGGAUGAAAUGUUUUGCUUUUCUUUUGUAUGUGACAUACAGUACUUGUUUAAGUGAAUGUAUUUGUGAUAAUUUAUGAGUAAAGAACGUAGUGCUGUACUCAUUUGCCCAAUGUGUUUAAAAAAAUAACAUUCAUCCCACAGGUUUUUCGAAUGAUAGCUUUUUAAUUUCAUUACAUUUGCUUUGAGGUCUGGAAUGACUGAAUAUUUCUUAGAAGUUGGGCAUAUUUGUUUCUGGAGGGAGUGGAGAAAAACGUUUUACAGUUAACUGAAAUUAGUUCAAAUAUUUGAAAUGUGUUUUCUGCAUACAUUAGCCCAGUAAGAGCCACUUGUUUGUUUUAAGCCAUGACCUGUCUGUAAAAGUGUUUUAAACAUGAAGUCUACACUACAUGUUGCUCUUAUUAUGUCUCCAGUUAAGUUAAAAAUACAUCAUUUUCUUACCACAGACGUCAGCAGGCCAUCCGGCAUAAUGAAAGUAUUUAUCUGUUAAAGCAUCCCUGUGUUUUGGAAAAAAUAGAAACGUUCAGUAACCAAUAUGACUAAAACUAAUUACGAUGACUGCAGGUCAGAGCAUGGAGGACAUUCUGAUAAGAGUGUCUGUUUUUUGCUUUUAGGAAAAGGGGAAUCUUUUUGUUUCUGUUUUUUUUUUUUUUUUUUUUGAAGGACACAAUUAACUGUACACUCCAAAAAGCUCUUAUAGUGCAUUUGUUUCGGUAUAUCUGAGAGCUGCUUUUGUGUGUGUGGAAGGACUGAAACAAGAGUAUAAUUUCUAGUUGUCUUGUUCCUGAGUACUUAAUGCAUAUUUUCAGUUGGACACUGGAUCUGUUACACAAAAACACUCUGAGCAAAGGCAACUUAAAGGAAAGUGAUAAGGCUUAGAGGAACAUUUGGGCUAUAAAGAAAAUGGGAGACAGAAAAUGCCAUGACAUUAAUCCAGCUGGGGAAAAGCAAAAUAAUUUAUGAUCUGAAUCUUAUAAGUGCAUUUCAGCAGAUAUUUUCUGAGAAAGAUGUGGUGUGGUGUAUAGUCAGGCUAAUUUCUGGAAUUGAGGCAGGGUUUACAGGCUUGUGGGUAACCAAUGCCUGAGGGGUACAGCUCAACCCUUAGCAGGAUUUCAGUUUUUCAAAUGUUGUUUUUACAAAACUUUGACACAGAGGAAAAUUCUUUAAAAAAAAAAGCCCUUUCAAGUUUGGCAAAAAAAAGAAUUUGCAAUUUUCUGUGGUGGUGCCUCACAAGAUAGUUUUCAUUUAGAGGGGAAAAGCAACAAAGGAUGGUGGGUUAAUUUAACACAAAAGUUCCACAUAAAC